AUGUCAAAUUCAACCAAAAUGUCAAAUUCGACUCACCGGAGAAGAGUUCCGACUCCGGUGGGAAACGGAGGCCGGAGCCUCAGGAUGAGACGGACGGCUUCCCGAUGCGUUUCUGAUAAGAACCGUUCAAAAUCGAUUAAUCAGGUCUUUGAGCGAAGCUUCUCCGACACGAGUCUCGAUUUCCGCCGCGACGGAGACGGUAGUUGCAUGCGGCGAUCCUCGCCGUUGAGUGGCUUACCGACGGAAGAAUCUGGUCCGAUCUUCUACUUGCCAAGGAUUCGCUCUGAGGUUAUGGCUUCUUCUCCGUCGUUGUUGCGCUUUUCUUCGCCAUCGUCUCCAUUUCCGACCAAUCAAGAGGAAAAUAAAAGAGAAGCAACAAAAGUUGUAAUCAACGUAGCAGUUGAAGGAAGCCCUGGACCUGUAAGAACUAUGGUUAAGUUGAGUUGCAACGUUGAAGAAACGAUCAAACUCGUCGUUGAGAAAUAUUGUGAAGAAGGACGAACACCGAAACUCGACAAAGGUGCUGCCUAUGAGUUGCAUCAAUCUCAUUUCAGCAUCCAAUGUUUGGAAAAAGGAGAAAUAAUCGGAGAAAUAGGAAGUAGAAACUUCUACCUUAGAAAGGGAACUCAUGAAACCGGAGUUUCUUUCGCCGGAAUAGCUCCGAUGAGAAUGAGCUUUAUUCCGUCGUCUAAUAUGAUCGAAUCGUGUAUCGCUCAGUUUAUUGGGAAAAUCUUGAGGAGAACGAGAAAGUUAUGGAACAUAUUGGUAUGUACGCAAUGAGAUUUAAGUUCCAAAGUACGUGCACUUUUGAGCAUGGCACAAAAUAUUCUAUAGAUUGAUAUACUAAUGCAUAUACUUGUAAGUUGUAACCGGUAUGGUUUGUAAGCCACAAUUUAAUAAGCAGUAAAUAAAUAUUAUUCUGCGAAAAUCAAACUCUGCGACGGGACAAUCUAAAUUAGAAAUAUAGUUUUUUUU